AUUGAGGUAAAAGGAAUAUGACUUUACCUUUCAGUGUGUGACAAUGUAAUCCAGUGAGAAGUUUUACCUUCCUUGAGUUACGUCACUGCUCACCUGUCCACGAUCCUUUCACGUUUCCCACAGUUAACGCCCACAGUCUUUCAAUAAUCCAAUCACAACCCCCGCCGCAAAAAACCCGCGCAUUUUGAAACCUACUUCUGAGAAAUCUCUUUGUGUGUCUCUGAGCCGCAAGUGUUGUUGGUCAGUGGGAGAGAGAUAAGCUAGGUUUACACUCGGUGUUGGAAAGUCCGCAUCAUUGCAGAAAAUUGUGUUUAAAAUGCAAGGAAGUCUGGUCAGGUGGAGUAAAACCUGGUAGAUAUGGAUUUCCCAGUCGGAGAUUAUCCAGGUGUUGCCCGUCUCAGCGUUGCUAAUACCAAUUCUUGACUGACGACUAGUUACUGACAGACUGGCCGAAGGACGGCACCCUCUGACAGGAGACAACUGCCCAAGCUCUCGGUGGAGCGUCAUGUGUCGUCCAUGUUGUGAAUACCACCUGAUCCAAUGCCGGUGUCCCUCAACAGGGUCGAGGGUAGGUUACACUGUACCCUGCUGCCGCAAUGCCCUGGAUCAGUGUGACCCCUGUAUCUUUCACCCAGGCUGCAGUCUGUUUGAGAACUGUAAAACCUGCCACAAUGGAACAUGGAAAGCCAAUGAUGACUUCUUUGUCAACGGAAAGUAUUGUACGGAGUGUCGCCAAGGCUGGAGUGGCGGGGACUGUAAAACAUGUGGAGGUAUCAUCCAGCGGGCUCAGGGUCACAUAGCCCUGGAGAGUUACCCAACAAACGCCAGAUGUGAAUGGACAGUACAAGUGCCGAGGAGCAAUAGCAUCGAGCUCGGGUUUUCACUGCUCAGUUUGGAGUCUGACCAUAACUGUCGCUAUGACUAUGUUGAGGUGCGCGAUGGCGAUGAUUUGAGCUUCCCAGUGAUUGGGCGGUUUUGUGGGGAUCAGCUGCCACCUCCAAUAAAAAGCUCUGGGAAUGUCGUGCACAUCCUUUUCACCUCAGAUGGCUAUAACAACUUUGAUGGAUUUGUUCUUACUUUUCAGGAGAGUUCAGUUUCAGCCAGUAGGAAACCAGUGUGUGCACCUCCAGAGACACUGGUAAAUGGAUAUUUUCUGCCUGUAUAUGGCCUCAAGGGUGAGCUUGUGUCUGUAAACUACCGGUGCCAUUCACCUUUUGUACUUACCGGAUCCCAGGAGAGGACCUGCCUACCUACUGGCAUAUGGAGUGGCACACUUCCUAUAUGUGUAAAAGGCCAUACAAGCAGAGUCCAGUGUCCUCGCCCACCCAAAUUGCUCAAUGGUUACCACAGACCCGUUGUUGAUACAGCAGGGGGUGCAGAGACGAUUGAGUUUUUCUGUAAAAACACCUACGUUUUGAGUGGAAACCACCAGAGUACCUGCCUCUCUAAUGGAUCCUGGAGUAUCAGGCCACCAAAGUGUGUUAAAGCCUGUCGAGAACCCAAAGUGUCUGAACUUGUGCUGCAAAGUGUUGUGAAGCCACAUCUAUUAUCAAGAGAGAGUCCAAACCAGAGACUCCGCCUCACAUCGAGAUACAGCAUGCAUGAUUUGUUGUCAGCUGGUUUUAUUCCACUUACAUUGGACAGACAGUCCAAUGUAGAAAGAGACAUGGAAGAGCUACCCCGUGGAUUUCACUCAGUCCACACGAGCAUCGACUACAAGUGCGCCUCACCUAUCUACCGCCACACAGGAAGCUCCCGACGCACCUGUCUGAGGACUGGCAGGUGGAGUGGGCGCCGUGUUUCCUGCUCACCAGUUUGCGGCAAAUUUGACACUUUCAGUCACCACAACCUCUCAGACACUCAGUGGCCGUGGCAUGCAGCCAUCUAUAUCCGCUCGCCACCCAAUCACACUGCCAGUACCCACAGGUCCCGUGGAAUGACCGUGUCCGACCAGCAGGAGGCCUCAGAGGAGUCUACAUUCUGGUACCUGGCCUGCAGCGGAGCUCUGCUCACCCAGCGUAGGGUCCUGGUGGCAGCUCAGUGUGUGGUAGACAAGGACAAGCAGCAGCCCCUUCACUCAGCACAUGUCAAGGUUGUCAUAGGCAUGCAGCACCGCACAUCCAAGGACCCGCUGAAAAGCCACCACCUCAGGGUUUCAGAUAUUUUAGUCCAUCCAAACUUUUACUUUGCACCGGACUCCAAUGUGGCUGUGCUCAAGCUGAAAGACAAGGCCAAGAUCAGCGAGCGUGUGUUGCCAGUGUGUCUACCCAAAAUGCAAGGAGGAGAGGUGACAGUGCAGGAGUCUUACACUGCAAGGUGGAUUUUACCAAACAAUCGCAGGCACCUGAGUCGUUACUCUGCCUCGAGUCAGACGAAACUUGUUGUGCUGACUGAUGUUGCUCAAUGCGAAAGAGAAUUUGCUCAAGGAGGAACACAUACCACAGUGAUUAGUGACAAUACACUGUGUGGCAUUAGGAAGCCGUCCAGUCCUGAAAGCCCCUGUCCCAGUGUUAUUCCAGGCCUCACGACAGUACCAGCUGUGUUUUCAUCCACAAAUGGUGUCUUGUCGGGUCAUGAGGAGAGUCAGGGAGCCUCCAGCACAGGCUGGCAGCUGCUUGGUUUAGAGACUUUCAACUAUGAGGAGAAGAACUGCCACCAACAGACUUACACAGUCCAGACACGAAUAGGCAACUUUAGAAACUGGAUAGAGAAAAACAUGAAUUAGAUUUUCUCAGUAUCUUAUGUAUAGCUAAUGUUCAGCAAGUUAAAUCUUAAAUAGUCAUUUCUUUCUAGUUUUGAAAUCUAAGAGUUGGUAGAAAUGGUAGAGAUGGAGCAGACAAUGUGAACACAAUUUAGUACCUCCCAUCUGUGUCAAUAUCAUGUGAGGUGAGAACUGUUUUCCUGACACUCCUCCUGUCUCUGUUAUGUAUGCAUGUUAUUGUUCUGUAUUUGGGUCACCUCUACUUCAAACAAGCCAACAUGAGCUGAUUAAGACACACACACCCACUUUCUCAUGAUAUCCAAAUGUUACCUGAUGUGUGUGUGGUAUGUGGUUAUGUGGAUAUGUGUGUGGUUUUCCAAUACAAUGUAGUAGAUAAUGUUUAAAAAAUAAAUAAAAAAUAUAGA